AUGCUGGAUGAGAACCUGCCAACCUUCGUUCUUAAACCAUCCAAAGACAAACCCAAGCAAUUGUCAACCUUUCUCUUUUCUCAGCAUGGAGCCGAUUAUGAGCCUUCUUACACGGUACGACAUCUAGAUCCAGAUCACCACGCCUCGAAAAAUCGAUAUGCGGCAGCACUUUACGAUGCCUUCAGUCCUGAAGUUCUCUAUGCCGAAGUUCUACUUAUCCCAGAAUGGACACAACCUCCUCCUCUCGCAGAGCAAGCGCGGUUGAGCGGUGCUAUCCCACCUCCUCCUGAACCUAUCCUACCCUCCGAGUUCGUAAUACAGCUGUACAAUCCAGAUCAACAGAUUGUAGUAAGGCACAAGGCUGCCAGUUUCAACAGAUCUGCGUCAUGGGAAUUUGAGAUACCACAGCAGACCUUCCGAGCCCCAUCUGGGUCUGCGCUUGAUCGAACACAAUACGAUCCUGCUGUUUCGGAAAUCACGCCCAAGAUCGUGUUCAAAUGGAAGAAGGAUAGCAAGUUCUCGAAAGAUUUGGCAUGUUUCAUGUCUGGCAAGAGUACAGAUAUAGAAGGCAAGGGGAAACACAGAGAUCCAGAUAUCACUGUCUCCAUAUUCAAGGCCCUGAAAGAGUUGACUUUGUACGAGCCAAAUCUGCAGAGGGUUGACAUUGAAGACCUGAAAGGCUUCGAGGUGGUCCUCUUACUGGGAGCUGUGGUGAUUCGUGAUGUAUACUUUGGCUCUUUGAAAGACACCUUCAAUCUUUCUGCUGGUAAGAAAUCGAGCCCGACUAGCCCAAGCGCUGCAACUGCGAUCCUCCGGUCGGACACCAGACCUCAAUCAGUUUCGCCCACCCAUGAUCCGCGACCGCCAUCCACAGACCGACGGACCCAAUGGGAAAUCGAAGCCGAGUCCGCUCGACUGCGAAGACAGGCGAUAGAUGAAGAGAGACAAAGGCGGCGCAGAGAAGAGGAGGAAGAACGAUUGACCAGGCAGCUGUUAGAAAGGGAGGAAAAAGAACAACGGAGGAGACAGCGAGCAGAAAUUCAACAGGAGACGGAGUGGCUCAAGCAGAUGUAUGGACGAGAAGAUGCCUCUGCUCGCCCAGAUCUUCCUCCUCGAGAUCCGCGACAACAAAGGCAUCACUCUGAAGCGGGACAAUCUGCCUAUUUUCAAACCCAACAAGGACAUUACGCCCCUGCUCCAUUUGCCAAUGCCUGGGGAGGAUAUCCUCCAGGUCCUUACAUGUCGGGAGCUGCUUCACAGUCGAGUUUUCUUGCGCCUACGCCUUCGCAGCAACAACAAAUCAAACCGAAAUCAAGCAUUUUCAAUUUUCGCCGUCGGAGUGAUCAAGAUGCAAACAAGUUGCAAAGAAAGCGAAGUGCCGUGUUCUGA